AAGGGGAUCCUCAUUCCUCCCUCAUCUCUUUGUGUUAUCCGAACACAGUGCUCUGUGCUUCUCACCAAUGUCUCUAACUUCUCCUCUCCUUCAACUUCCCCUCUCCCAAUUCAAAUCCCUUACCCUCUCCACCCCUUUCAUUAAUGGCUCCUCUUCUCUUUCCCGUCUCUCAAAACCCUCUUCCUCUAUCACUUCCCCAAACCCUUCUCCCCCAGCUUUCUUGCCUCCAAUUCGAGCCAUGAGGUCAAUGCAGGGCCGAGUCGUCUGCUCCACAAAUGACAAAACAGUUUCAGUGGAGGUUACCCGUCUUGCGCCUCACCCAAAGUACAAGCGUAGGGUUAGGAAGAAGAAGAAGUACCAAGCUCAUGACCCUUUGAACCAAUUCCAAGUUGGGGAUUUUGUUCAGCUUGAAAAGAGCAGGCCCAUUAGCAAGACUAAGACUUUUGUUGCUGUACCUGUACCUCCGAGAAACCAGCCCAAGCCCAAGGAGGAAGAGAAUCAGGAACUUGGGCUUCCGCUUGAAUCCUCUCUGCAGCAGAGUUAAGAGUGAGAGCUUUCUUGGGCACCUAUCAAAUCUUGUAUUCAAUUCGUCUUUUUGUUCCUGUUAUACUUCAUGAUUAUCAUGUAUUUUGAUACUUCUUAUUAGAUGGUAAUUUAUUCGGUUUCAGUUCUGAUUGA